CCAGUCUAUUUAGAAACGUGGUCAGGAGUGUUCAACUCGUAAGAAUGCAUGAAGGUAUUUGUGAAGCUGAACAAAGUCGUCAAAUUUUCAUAAUUACGUAAUUGUUUUCGACUACAUCGUGCUUAUUUUCGCACAAAAAUUAGAAUCCCUUUGAGUCAUUAAGCAGCACGAACAAUGAGAAAGUUUGCCUUUACGUUCGUGCGUAAGUACGAAGAUAGACGUAACUACGUUUUAGCAUCGAUAAUAAAUCACCGUUAUGUUUGUUUCCCAGUAGUUUGACCACGCUGAAACACGAUUUUUACAGCAUUCUUUGAUAUAUUUAAUUAUGAUAUUAACGUCGUGAAUCACGAAUGGAGAGCAACGUGAGAAACAAGGAUUCUGAGGUUCAGGGAAUCAACACAGCAGGCAAGAAGGAAGAAAGUUCGUCUCAAAAUGUACAGGGUUCUACGGACACGAAAGUGUCCACGGAUUCUAAGAACACUCAAGUUCGUGUCGUUCGAGGCACGAAAAAACUAAAAGUGGAUAUAAGUGAUGGUAACAACGUGGAAAGAAAAGACUCCAAAGAUGAGGAGAACAAUACAGAGGUGAAAGUAAAAUCUUUGAAAAGAUCUUGUGAAUUGUGGUCUAUGGAGGAUAAGAACACCUUUUUCAAAGCUUUAAACGAAUAUGGGAAGGAUUUUGAUGCCCUGCAGAGUUACUUCUUGAGCCAAGGGAAGAAAAAAGGUCUGCCAGAUGCUGUGAUAAAAAAUAAGGAACAGAUUAGGCAUUUUUAUUACAGAACUUGGCUGAAAAUAUCGAAACAUCUGAAAUUUUCAGAAGAUGUAAAGAAAACCUCACAAGAACUGUACGGUUUGAUCAAUUAUGGUGAACUUAGAAGAAAAUUGCCAAGAAUAUAUGAAAAAGUACACUUGAAACUAAAUGAACUAGUUUAUUGGGGUUCAACGCAAGUCAGACUUAGAGGAAAAACUAUGAGAAUUAAAACACCUAUAUGUAGAGCAUUAAGAAAACUAAAUCAGCUAGAAGACUGGCAAGAAGAAAUCAAACUUCCUCCUAGAAUAACAAUAGAAUUAAGACCUCGCAAUAAUAUGGCAUGGUGGCAAGUACAGGCUUCUUCUAUGAAUCCAAGAGUACGUACUUUAUUGCCAAUACAAAGACGUUUGUCUAGUUUAUUAAUAUUUCUGCAACAAAGGUGGAGACCUGCAAAGUAUAAUACAUUUCCAAAUUUAGAAAAUGCUGUUGUUAAUGAAAUGAAAGAUAGCCGAUUGUUACGAGUUGCACCACCUGAAGGGAGUAAAAUUGCCUUGCCAAUGGUAAAUCUUGGAGAAUAUUUAACUAGCAACAGUGUCAGUUUAAAUUCUUAUGAAAAACGUCUGGGACUAAAAUGUUCCAGAAUGGAUCUGUUAGGAUCAGUGCAAUACAUAAAAGGUGUUGGAAAGAAGGGGAUUAAGAAAAAUAAAGUAGAUAAGAAAUGUAUGAAUCGUACAGAGGAUAAUUGUACUAUGCCAGACAAUAACAGCGAUGUAGACGCAAUAGAAUCUGGUAGUAAUGUUUCAGAAAAACCAACUGUUACUAACACCGAAAAAUCUAGUCUAGAACAAAAAACGGAAUUUAAUAGAUUCCCAGGCAGAGAAACUGUUGAAAGGAUUCGAAAAGGAUGGAACAUUGAAGAAGCAAAUAGCAUUACUGUGGGAGAUCUGUUUUUAAUGUUUGGUCGCGAGUCAAAAGUCACAUUGGAAUAUUGGUGGGACUGGAAUCAUCGGGAACAACACGCUGGAGAGUCUACAUCAACAACUUUGAAUGAUGACAAUUUGUGUCUUACUUUGCAAAAGCUAUUAUCUAUAGCGAAACAUAGCUACGGCACGAGUAAAGUAUAUGAUAAUACUUCUGGAAGCAAUGAAACUGUGAUUUCCUCUCGAAUACUUUCAACGAAGGAAUCGACUUUCAAAAGACCUCUAGUUCCACAAACUUAUCACAAGAUUGGAACACCAGAUGCUUUUAAAACACAAUUAGAUAAAUUUACAACACGUUUUAGUAAAAGAGGUAGAACCGUGAGGCAAAAGAGUCUUAUUGUACAAAGGGUAUUACCAAUAGUAUCUACAUCAAGCAAUUUACCAGAAGAUGUAACUUCUAAUAUUCAAGAAACAAAUAAAAUAAACGAACCUCCUAUAAAUAAGAUUGAUGACCAACAAGAUGAUAAAUCACCAUCUAUAACUGUAAAUGCACCACAAGAGAAAAAUUUUUUGACUGAAUUUGAAGUGGCAAGAGAUCCAAAAUCCACAAAUUCUAUUAUAACAAGCGCUACACAAAUACUUAAAGAAGGAGAACACCAAUGGUUGAAUAGCGAGGUAGCAGAAUAUUCAUUAAGCAGCUUCCUAGGACAAUUGGAAUCCCCUAUGAAGAUCUCGCAGAGAAAUCAAAAUGAAACCAAUAUAGAAGAUAAUCGUCCAUCAUCCGAUGUUGUUUCACAUAUGCAAUGCCUGAUGGGAGAAAAUAGCGUCGAUUACAUGGCGAAAUUUGCAUCGCAAAUUGCAUCGCAAAUUGCAUCGGACGAUAAUAAAAAAUAAGAAUAUAAAUAACGAACUGAUUUUGUAUAAAUUUUAAUAAGCAUCUAUUUUAGAUCAUGUAGAUUUAAUGACUUUUAUAUUGGGAGCAUGUAACGAUAUUUAAACUAAUUUACCUCUUCUAUAUUGACUUUAACAAUGGACUGUUACAAUAAUAGUAAAUAAUAAUAGUAACAAUAAAU